CGGAACAUUUUAACAGAUGGACAACAUGGAUGUGGAUACACAUAUAUUUCGAUUUUCCUAGUUCGUUGACUAAAAUUUUAGCACUGUGUCAUAUCUCCGUCUUAUAUUAGACUAGAAAUUGAAAUAUGUACUUUACAUUAUAUACUUAACGAUCAACUAAAAGCUAUUUUAACGCGAAAUGGCUGAUUUGAACAGUAAAACGUCGUCUCCUGGUGAUAACGUCACACCCUGCGACGGAGACAACGUGGAAGAUGAAGUCAACAAACAAGACUUUUUAAGCCUUGCGGAAGAUAAAAAUGGAGGAGAGCAAAGUUUGGUGUCUGCUUUUAAGCAAAUUAAGCUGGAGAAAGAAGCGCAGAAGAAUUGGGACUUGUUCUACAAAAGGAAUACUACCAAUUUUUUCAAGGAUAGACACUGGACUAGCAGGGAGUUCGAGGAGCUCAAGACGUGUAGACAGUGUGAGUCGCAGAGGUUGGUACUGCUUGAGGCUGGAUGCGGCGUCGGGAAUUGCAUCUUCCCCCUCCUGGAGGACGAGCGCGACAUCUUUGUCUACGCCUGCGACUUCUCACCCAGAGCUGUCGACUUUGUCAAAAAAAAUCCCCUUUGUUCUCCCGAGCGCUGCGCCGUCUUCCAGUGCGACCUGACCCGCGACGACUUGCGAGACAACAUUCCCGAGGGUAGCGUUGACGUCGCCACACUAAUUUUCGUGCUGUCCGCCAUCCAUCCCGACAAGAUGGCGCUGGCCGUGCGUAAUAUCCACAGGGCGCUGAAAACUGGCGGCGCUGUUCUCUUCCGAGACUACGGCGUUCAUGAUCAUGCGAUGCGGAGGUUCAAAGCUAGCAGCAAAUUGGCAGAAAAUUUCUACGUAAGACAGGACGGGACCAGAUCCUACUUCUUUUCCAAAGACUUUCUGGCGGCGCUAUUCUCUGAGGCGGGCUUCCGCUGCGUCGCCAACGAAUACGUACGGCGGGAGACUGUCAACAAAAAAGAAGGACUUUGCGUUCCCAGAGUUUUCUUGCAAAGCAAGUUUAUCAAACUACAAUCAUAAAGUCACCGUUUUGCUUGAUAUUUACUGUGAUAUAAAUAAAGUUGUUGUUUUUUUUUUUAGAAGGGAUGACAUUACAUAAUGACAUAUUGAGAUCUAAAAGUACAGUUCCAAAAAAAAACCUUGUUUUUGUUGAAUGACAAGUGCCCUACAGUCAUCCUGAGGAAGCCGACAGGAAGUGAAAGCUUUGCAAAAGGUCAUGUGACCAGUCCUGCCUGAGGCUUUUACUUUGCGGUUACAUAACUUCCACAAUUUCGCUGACUGUCGUGACAACGUCACCUUUAAAACGACUGAAGUCACGACACAAAUGUGCAGUGAAUUAUGAACACAAAAAUCACAGGUAGUAGGGUUGCAACUAUCGAUUAUUUACAUAAUCGAUUAAUCAGCCGAUUACCUAAACGAUUAAUCGGAUACAUAUUACCAAUUACCCUGAGGUUGUUUUAAGCAUGUUGAAAGUAACAAUGAAAACAAAAUGGGUGACUUUUUUUCCUUCAAAAAUAAUAUUUUUAUUACAUCUUCCUGACUUGACUGUAGUUUACAUUAUCUUAUUUGUUUGGCAACUAAUUU